AUGCCAACCACUUCCAUUAUAAAUGUUGAAGCCAUAAAUAAUGUUCAAGGUACAUUACAAGUAAAAUGGUCUCCUCGCGAUCCUCCUAUAUUGGACUUUUUUGUUCGCACUUGGCAUGGUGAUGGUCAUUGGCUCAUAUUUCUUCUACGUUCAAUUGAACAAUAUGUAUCACGUACAUUAUAUCGUGAUAUAGUAAUUACGUUUUCAUCUGCUGAAACGGCAUAUUUUCAGUCAUAUCUACCGUUCUUUUCUUUACCUAUAAAACUAAUACCAACAAAUGAUGUUUAUAUUAAGAAUGGUCCAAAUAAUGGUAGUUAUUAUUCUCAAAUGUAUACAAAGUUUCAUGCUUAUCAAUACAGUGAUGCUGAUUUUUUUAUUCAUAUGGACUCGGAUACUAUGUUUAAAGAACCUAUUACCCGAUUGGAUUUGUUGGAUGAACAGAAUAGAGUAUUCGUUAAGCGCAGUAGAUUUAACGAAAUUGAUAUGAAUUCUCGUGUUUGGCAAAAACCUGCAGAAAAAUUAUUAUUGGAGCCAGUUCUUUACGAGACUAUGACAGGUUUUCCAUUCGUUUAUCCUCGUGAUUUAUACGAAAAUACAAUACGUCUUAUUGAAAGCCGUCACAACAAGCCGAUGCUUGCAGUUGUAAGAUCAGUUCAAGAUUUUAUUGAAUUUACCACACUUGGACAUUAUCUGAUUACAUAUAUGUCGAAUAGGAGAUGGAUAGAUAAUAAUAACAAAUCGUAUAAAGUUGUCCAAUCAUGGUCAUGGGGAGGAUUUGGACCAAGACAAGUAGCAUGGUAUGAAUGUCUUCUAAGAGCAAAAGAUAACAAAAUGUGUCAUCUUCAACCUUCUGUGUCUGGAAAACUCUAG